GUUAGUGUGUAAGUGAAGGGUGGUGGCAGAAGUCUGAUGUCUGAGGACCAUCGCCACCAGCGGGGGGAGCCCCCCAGAAGGGGGGAGGGCGGCGCUGAACCGGGGGAGGGGGACACAGAGCCUAGCAUGCUGCUGCAGAAACUUAAGAGCAACAUCUCUAAGAGUGUACAGACCAAAGUGGAUCAAAUCCUGCAAGAUGUUCAACGCUUCUCAGACAACGACAAACUGUACCUCUACCUCCAGCUGCCCUCAGGACCCAGCUCUGGAGAUAAGAGUGGUGGAGACUCCAGUUCAUUUAACACAGCUGAUCAGCUCCACACCUGUAACUGGAUCCGCAGUCACCUGGAGGAACACUCUGACACCUGUUUGCCCAAACAGGAUGUCUAUGAGACCUACAGACGCUACUGUGAGAACCUUCAACACCGACCUCUCAGCGCCGCCAACUUUGGCAAGAUCAUCAGAGACAUCUUCCCUAACAUCAAGGCCAGGCGUCUUGGGGGCCGCGGCCAGUCCAAAUACUGUUACAGCGGGAUCCGAAGAAAGACGGUCCUCAACAUGCCCUUGCUGCCCAGCCUGGACCUGAAGAAUGACCCGUCCGAGCUAACGGAGCUGGUCCAGACCUACAAACAGGAAGUGACCGAGGCAGCAUGCGAGCUCAUCUGUGAUUGGGCACAGAAAAUCUUGAAGCGGUCUUUUGACACGGUGGUAGAGAUUGCCCGCUUCCUGGUUCAAGAACACAUCGUCAACCCCCGCUGCAGUCAGGCGGAGCUGGUCACCUCCGCCGCACUGGCAGGCGGUCCAGCUAAGCCCCAUAAGGUGAUAAAGAAGACCCCUGUCUCCUCUAAAGCGGGAGGGGCGGACAGUGAGACGAGUGCUGACCCGAAGAGAGACAAGGAGGGUGGAGACUCUUCUUCCUCGUCUAAGUUCCCGCCUGGAGACAAAUCAGCGACAACAAAUAAACUCUCCUCCCUAGAAGCUGUUCCUCCUCCUCCCUCCUCUUCCUCUCUGCGCCCAUCUGGGGGUCGUGAUCUCCAGGUGGAGGCUUUCAUGAAGCACUUACCCAGAAUCCUUCCUCGGAGCUCAGUACCUGACAAGACCCAGCUCUCCAUGCGUUCCUCUCCACCUUCCCUGGCGCCCAAAGACGCCACCGGUGUGGGCGGGGCUUCUGGCAGUGGGGGCCCAUCCACCAGUGGUGGCAGCGGAGGAGUAAAGGUGAUUGCCAUGGCGACUUUGCCCCAGCAGCAAGGCGGGGCAGUGCCGGUGAUGUUCCUGCCCCAGGGGUGCCUGUCGUACGCCGAAAGAGAGAAGGUGGUCCCGCCUCAGCCUCCCCAAGCUCCGCCCCACGCCCCAGUGACUGUGACGACGGCAGCGCCCACCUCUGUCGUCCAGAGGGUGCGAGGAAACAUCAACAAGCGCUCACUGGAGGCGGGGUCUGUCAGCACGCCUGGCAGCGGGUCCGGGGGUUCCAAUGCUCCUCCGGUGAAACGCAAACGUGGCCGACCCAGAAAACCCCGGCCUGAGGACGCCCUUCCUCCUCCCGCCACUCCUCUUCCUCCACCCUCCUCGUCCUCCUCCUCUCACCCCUCAAUUAUCACCUCCCUCAGCGGAGGGGUCAUCCAGAAGGCCUCCUCUUCUUCGUCAUCCUCUUCCUCACAGAAUCUGUUGUUGUUCCCAGAACAGCAGGCCUUGCUGUUGACGGGCCAGCUGCCGGCGGUGUCGGACCCCGGCGAGUCCGUUGGUAUGGAGACGCGGGGGGUGGUGGUCCAGUGCCAAAACCCAGAGUCUGACCUCCAGCCCAGGCCUGUUCUGCUCUUGCAAGGUCAGGGUAACCUGGUGGAGGUGAUCCAGAGAGCACCAAAACCUCCUACCACUGGGACAGUGCACCCUCCACCCGCCAAUCCUCUCCCUCUUCCUGCUCCUGCUACUCUGCCUAUUCUCCCGGAGGGGGAGGAGGGGGAGAUAACCCUGACACCUGUGGAGCUGCACGACGAUCAACACCCCCAACCGCCACCUCUUCCUCCUCCACCAUCAUCAUCCUCAUUUCCAUCUGCUUCUCCCUCCUCUGCCUCCAGUGGCUCAGCUAUGAAAGGAGCAGAGUCGGGAGAAGGGGAGAGCAACAGCUCCUUCUCAAAGGGGGAGGGACACUAGGCCCAGUCCUCACCUCUUCCUUCCUGUCAUUACCAU